AUGCUGGGAUAUUAUCUGAACUAUUCAGGAUCAAUAGAGAGGUGAGACAAUGGGACCCCCUAUCUCCCUUAUUAUAUAUACUGGCAUUUGAACCCUUUCUCCGCACCAUCAAAGCAAAUUUGAGAGGUAUCCAAAUUAACAAUGAUUGUUUCAAGGUUGUAGCUUACGUGGACGAUAUGACAGUUGGCUUAGUAAUAGUCCCUCUUAUGGACAAUGCUAGAAGAACAGAACUUGAAGGGGAAGGUGCUUUCAAAAAACUAGAAGAGGGUGAAAGUAUAACGGUGUUAGGUUGCACAUUGGAUAUCACAGGGAAAAUAGACAAGAAUAUAUGGCCAAAUCUUAUAGGAAGGCCGCCGAGCUAUAAACAGGUUAAGGUGCUUAAUGAGUUGAUAUCAAAUUGGAUAAAGGACAAGUCCAGAACCCUACCGAGAAUGUCGAUUUACCAACAAGAUUAUGAAUUCGGUGGGCUCAAGGCACCUAUUAUUGAACACAUGAUGGAUGCUAGGCUUAC